AUUACAACAAGUUGCGAUCUCCAGUACUGGAGAUUCAGAUUCUUGUGCAUUUCAAUUAUGCUGGCAGAUGUAGUUUGCCGGAGUUUUAUUACGUUUGUAUGCAAGCCUAUUCAAAUAGAAAGCACACGCCGUGCCUUCUUUCAGGACUUUAUACUCGAUACCAAAGCAGGAUUGAUCAGCACAAGUUGCUGCUCGGAUCUGAGGAGCGAACGACCAUGGCGAAAUUAGAGAUUGAUAGAAUUCGUUGCCGAGCAAGCUUUGGGUUCCGCUACCAGGAAACCUACGUACUCACCAAUUCGCUGCGCAAAACCCAGUUUUUAGAUCUCAUUUGAUGUAGGGAAGUUAUCUCUUACUCCUGAGGAAGGGAAUGGAGGGAGAAUAUCGAAGAGAUCAGAGCAUAUCUCUACUGAUCAUCGUAGUCGUCGCCGUCCUGUCUCUCGUCUCCCUUACCCUCGCCUUCAGCUAUUACUGCUACAUUAGCAACAAAGUUGCCAAGCACCUCGAGUCCCUCAGCAAAUCGCCGAAGGAGGAGAGGGAAAAGGCGGCGCCUUUGAGCGGCAGUCGCAGCGGCGAAGAAGCGCCGGUGGUUGUGAGUGAGAGAGGUGUGCAGGUGUUCACAUACAAGCAGCUCCACUCCGCCACCGCGGGGUUCGGGAAGGGAAAUGUGGUGAGCCAUGGAAGCUCUGGGGCCGUGUACAGGGGAGUGCUCGCCGACGGGCGCGAGGUUGCCGUGAAGAUCAUGGGCCGGCCCGGGAUGCCGGGAGAGGAGGAGUUCAAGUUGGAGGUGGAGUUGCUGACGCACCUUCGUUCCCCAUAUCUGCUGAUGCUGAUAGGGCACUGCUCGGAUGGCGGCCACCGCAUUUUGGUGUAUGAGUUCAUGGCUAACGGUGGCCUUCAGGAACAUCUGUAUCCUCGAGGAGGUUAUUGUGGUGGAACUUCGAAAUUGGACUGGCAAACUCGACUCAGGAUAGCCCUUGAAGCUGCGAAAGGUUUGGAGUACCUUCAUGAGCAUGUCACUCCGCCUGUCAUUCAUAGAGACUUCAAAACCAGAAAUAUUCUUCUGGACCAAAAAUUCCAUGCCAAAGUUUCAUAUUUUGGCUUGGCAAAGCUUGGAUCUGAGAUAGCUGGAGGCCAUGUUUCCAAACGCGUUUUAGGCACACAGGGAUACGUUGCCUCAGAGUAUGCUUUAACUGGGAAUUUGACUACCAAAUCAGAUGUAUACAGUUAUGGAGUUGUUCUAUUGGAGCUGCUAACCGGUCGAGUUCCAGUGGAUAUGACUAGGCCUCCCGGGGAAGGUGUUCUUGUAUCGUGGGCUCUGCCUUUGCUCAGUGACAGAGAAAAUAUUGUUCAGAUCAUGGAUCCUGCGUUGGAAGGCCAGUAUUCUGUGAAGGAUGCUGUUCAGGUUGCUGCCAUUGCAGCCAUGUGCGUGCAGGCAGAAGCUGAUUACAGGCCUUUAAUGGCUGAUGUGGUCCACUCACUCCUUCCUCUCGUGAGGAAGAGAUCAUCUGCCAAACACUUCUGAGUAUUUGUGAGCCAAUUCCUUUAGUGGAAUCCUAAGCCAAAUCUUUGUCAUGUCUUGCUUCUAGUUUAAGUUAGAACCCUCCUCGGCAUCCAAGUCUUUGUUUAACCUCAAACCUGAGUUGCUGAGCAAUUGAGAUCCAUUUAGCUGUACGCAAGUAUUUGUUUAACCUCAAACCUGAGUUGAUGAGCAAUUGAGAUCCAUUUAGCUGUA